AUGAACGAGCCAACAGUGAAACGCUCAAAGUACAAAGAAGAUUUUGAAGCUGAGGCUUUACAAAAACUUUAUCAACUCCGUCCUGACCUUAAUGGUCCAAGUGUGUGGUUUUUUUCAACACUUAAAAAGUCUGCUGAGGGUUGUAUUUUAUAUGAAGAAUCAGAAAAACGCGCUUAUGUAUACGAUGUGAUUUACGCAAACGGCCAUGAUUGUCCAAUGUUACCACCACCGUUGGUGAUACCACCUCCACCGACACCAACACCAACACCGUUAAUAGGGAGGGGGUGCAGAUCCAUAGGAUAA